UUCUGAUAGUAACGGCAUUAGCCAUGGGUGAAACAUUGGCUAUGGCCCCAGAUCUCUUGAAAGGGAACCAAAUGGUGGCAUCAGUCUUUGAAGUGAUGGACAGAAAGACAGAGGUACUGGGGGAUGUUGGAGAAGAGCUGAUGACAGUGGAGGGAACAAUUGAGCUCAGGGGCGUCCAAUUCAGUUACCCAUCAAGACCAGAAGUUCUAAUUUUUAAGGACUUUAAUCUAAGAGUUCGCUCGGGGAAGAGUAUGGCACUAGUAGGGCAAAGUGGUUCUGGUAAAAGCUCUGUCAUCUCUCUUAUACUGCGAUUUUACGAUCCAACGGCUGUGAGAGUUAUGAUAGAUGGGAAAGACAUAAAGAAGCUCAAGAUCAAAUCACUUAGGAGACACAUUGGUCUAGUCCAACAAGAACCAACUCUUUUCGCCACAUCAAUAUACGAGAACAUUCUUUACGGAAAAGAAGGAGCCUCUGAAUCUGAAGUAAUUGAAGCAACAAAGCUUGCUAAUGCUCAUACCUUUGUCAGUUCGCUUCCUGAAGGCUACUCUACCAAAGUGGGUGAACGCGGAGUGCAACUGUCUGGUGGUCAGAGACAAAGGGUAGCCAUUGCCCGAGCUAUUCUCAAGAACCCAGAAAUCUUGUUAUUAGAUGAAGCCACUAGUGCUUUAGAUGUGGAGUCAGAGCGUGUGGUGCAACAAGCUCUAGAUAGAUUGAUGAAGAACAGGACAACAAUUGUGGUAGCACAUAGGCUGUCAACAAUAAAAAAUGCAGACCAAAUAUCAGUUUUACAUGAUGGGAAGAUCAUAGAACAAGGGACUCAUUCAUCACUUAUAGAGAACAAGAAUGGAGCAUACUAUAAGUUGAUCAACAUUCAGCAAUAG